CACGCUUCCGGAAAAGCCAUCGUGGUGACCCUUUUUGUUUGCUAACCCGACGACUGUGUCGAGCCCCUUUUUUCCUUUCUUCUUCUUCUUCCACUUUUUCCUCUCCCCGCAACACAUUUGUCCGCUGCAGCGACGUGAUGUCUGCAGACAUGCCCGCCGGGGGUCUGAACCUGGAGUCUCAGCUCAUGUCCGUGAUGGACGUGCUGGUGAAAGCGGCGGUGGUGGAAAUCACUCAGCUGUUCUCCGAGGGAUCGUCGUCCCUGCGCCUGCAUCUCACGCAGAGCCUGAAGGAAAACGAAGCCCUGAGGAUGAGGAUGAAGGGGAUGAGGAGCGAGCUCUUCUCCCUGCGGCUGCAGACCAGGAACAACCGGCCGGCGAGCCGCAUCUCCCCGAUCAGAGGAAGUGCUCCCAAACCGCGGGCUAGGACAGAGGAUUCACAUCAAGUGUUCCAUGAUGUACAGAAUCUUCUUCAAUUUGUUGGUCCCAAGUGUAAUUUUUGCACCAUGCAAGUAGAGGCUUCUGCAGGACAUCUACAUCAGAAACAUCUAAGGGAUGCUACUUAUUUUCAAGAUGGAGAAAAAGAGAAAUUUGUAGUGUCGUGCUACUGCCAGGAAAGCAAUCAAAGCCAUAGAUCCCACAAUCAUUGUCCAUUCUGCGACUACAGAGUGUUUUCCCGAACGGUGAGCUUCAGGACACACCUUCAACAACUUCAUGGUAUCAAAUCAUACAAGAAAAGAGUUUUCAUUAAGCCACCAUUGUCUCCAAAGGCUGAUAUGGAAACUGAUGCGAUCUCUCUACGAUCAGACAACAAUACGGCCUCCUCCAAAAAUCAAGUGGAGUGUGCUGUUGUUGAGAGCCCAGAUAUCAUCCUCAUCAAAGAUGAAGACGACAUGGGAGGAUGUGGGCCAGAUGUGGGCCAUGACGACUUUGGCGGUGAGCCCCGGGUGACAGCUGGUAACGAGGAGCUGAGAAUCCUCAGUGUUCACGGAGGAGGAGGGGAGGAGCUCCUCCAGGACGAGAGCGACUCCCUCUUCAGCGCCUCCGAACUCCAGGCUUUCACCUCUCUGUCUCCGGACCGCGACGUCCCCCACGACAGCCUCCUGGACUUCGCAACCGGUGCCGCCGGCAGAGACCCGAGGAGAGGGAUGCCGCAUACCAGGGACAGCCCACUGGAGCCGAAUGAGUCCACCCAGAUGCCGUUGACCACCAUGAAAACCGCAGUGAAAACGGAAGUAGUAGAAGAAGAAGAAGACGACGACGACGACGACGACGACGAUCAAGUGGGGCACCCGAGUCACGUCGGGCAGUUUGACCAGCAGCAGAACGCCUUCUCCCACGGCGCCCUCAAAUCCCUGGACUGCAGCUUCUGCGGCGAGCGCUUCCUCAGCCGCGAGGACCUGAUCGCGCACAGGGCGAGUCACACGGGGGAGCCGCCCGUCCUCUGCUCGUUCUGCGGCAAGUCGUUCGUCAACAAGACCACGCUGAGCAUCCACAUGCGCAUCCACACCGGGGAGAAGCCGUACGCCUGCGCGCAGUGCGGGAAGCGCUUCACGCAGAACGGCAGCCUGAAGAUCCACCUGCGGACUCACUCCGGGGAGAAGCCGUACACCUGCAAUCAGUGCACCGCCAGCUUCAACAACCCCAGCAACCUGCGCAGGCACAUGAUCACGCACAACCCGGACGGGGUGUUCUGACCAGGGAAAGAGAUACAACGUUUUAACUUGGGUUGUGUUCUUUUCUCUUCAGCGCGUUAGCUUUGCCAAGGCUCGUGUGCCACAGUGUGUAUUUGGGUAACAUGCGUAACAACGUGUGUUUGUGUAGCUGUCAGGAGCUCUGUCAUGGGUCAAAUGUGCUUAAUGAACUAAUAGUCCACCAAAGGUUUAUCUCUUGACCGGUUCUCAGUGAUAUCCAUGGAGUGUUGAAGGAUACUUUUUAAAUGAAGAAAGACAACCCGGAAAACUAAAAAGCCUUCAACUUUUUUUUUUUUUUGACAAUCUUAAAAGGAGAACAUGUAUGUCGUAUUCAUCCUUGAAGGAAUAUAUACAGUACCUUGAUUUCAUUCUGAUUAAAUACAUACUCAAAAAACAUGACCAGCUCUGCAAAUGCAGCUGCUCAAUAUGUGUGGAUCAGUCAUUUUCAGAACCGCUUACAUUUGGGACUUCUUUGACAGCAUGAACGCAUGUAAUCCUUGGAAUCUUUCCUUUGGUUACAGGAAACUACUUGCACGUGUGAACUCUUAACACAUAAAAAUUUGAAUACUUACAUGGACAGAAUCAUCAACAACACUUUUGGCGCUGCCCCACCUUUUGUGCUACAAGAAUGCUAAUGUUUUUAACACCUUUGAACGUUUGUUAGAUCAUUAGAACCUUUUAUUAGGAAUGGGAAAUGUUUGACUUAAGGUAUUGUAAGUUGCCUUUUAAGGAGAGAGCCAUUUAUCCUCAUUUCAUUCAUUUGUGUAACUAUGCGUUUCACCUAAAAAUUAAACAAGCUCCACGGUUGUAGCUGUUUCUGUACUUCUCAUAUAGUUUUAGACCGAUUGCAAUGAUUAAUUUGGUGUGGAUUUUGUUUGUGGCUUUGUAAUCUGGAUAUGCAAUGAUUAAUAAAUCUAGAUCUUUUAUAUCGCUUUCAGUACAUGCAAAUCACCUCUAGGGUGCAGCAUUGUUUGUGUUCCCGGUGAGCAUUGUGAUUAAGGGUUAUUCAUGCUGUAGAGCUCAUCCUUUUAAGGAAACUGAGGGAAAUUCCUUGCAUUGUUCUUAUUUCCACCCUUCCCACUGUCUUUUAUCGGGAUCCUGUUCUGGCUUUGGUUUCACACAAAGGAGUUAAAAUAAAAGAUUGCUCAAACACUACUGCAUGGUACUCAAAU